AUGAGCGGUGACAAUUUAGGUGGGUUGAAGGUUCAAAUGAUGUCUCAGACAUCAUUAGAACAAGAAAUAGAGAAUAAUGCUAAUAAUAUGAUUAGUAAACAGACAUUGGAGCAAGAAGAAAAGCUUCUAGAGAGGUACACAAACAAGCGGGAUAUCCUUCGACAGAAACGGGACAGCUUGUUAAGUAAACGUUACAACGCCAGUAGGAUUAGUGUUCGUGCUAAGUUGAAAGAGCAGAUUGAAGAUGUCGAGAAUUAUGAAUUAAAACCCUUAGAGCAGGAUAUUGCUGAAAUCAAAGAAAGAAUUAAAGGUUUGAAAGAGACUAAUGAGGCCGAUACGACUACAAAAUCUACAGAGAGACAACCUGGUGAGUCGGAAAGAGAUUUCUUGUUGAGGACCGGUAAAAUCACAGGGUUCGGAAAUAGUGUGAAUUUUAAGGUAGAAGACGAAGAAGAAUCUAAAUCAAUCUUACUAGCUGAACGACAAAUGUUAAAGAACAUUGACGAGGAAGAAGAUCAAAGUGAAGACGAGGCUGAUUUUAUAAGUGAUUCAGAAGAACUUUUAAACGAAUCAGCUGGGAAACUCGAUGUAAUUCGUAAACCUGCAGAGGCUAUUGAUGACGGUGACGAGCAUCAUUAUCAACAAAGAUUAAAGAAGUGGGUAGCCAAUAGAAGUAAAGAUCGCGAUUACGAUAACCAACCGGAUAUUCCAGAAUGGUUGAAACCACAUCCAAAAAUUUCAGACGCCAAUAUCAGUGAAGAUUUCAUGGUACCUGGUGAUAUAUUCCCUUUGCUAUUUCCCUAUCAAAAAACAUGUGUGCAAUGGCUAUGUGAGCUUUAUCAACAAGGAUGCGGUGGCAUAAUAGGAGAUGAGAUGGGACUAGGUAAAACGAUUCAAAUUAUUGCAUUUCUUGCCACUUUGCACCACUCCCGAAAAUUGAAUGGCCCUGUACUUGUCGUUUGUCCCGCAACUGUGAUGAAACAAUGGUGUAACGAAUUCCAUACUUGGUGGCCACCUUUUAGAGCUGUAAUUCUACAUUCAAUUGGUGCCGGUAUGAAUAAAGGUACACAGAUUCCAGAAGAGGAACUAGAGAAGAUGUUGAUGACUUCAAAUUACGGAACGUUUACAUAUAAUGACUAUGAGAAAAAAGAGAAAACGCGGACUUCACUUGAAUCGAGAAAAAGUGUCAAAAAGCUUUUAGAAAAAGUGAUCACGGAUGGUCACAUUAUUAUAACGACGUAUGUUGGUUUAAGAUUACAUUCUGAAGCGCUACUGAAUGUAAGGUGGGGUUAUGCUAUUUUGGAUGAAGGACAUAAGAUUCGUAAUCCUGAUUCAGAUAUCUCUUUGACAUGCAAGCAGCUAAAGACACAGAACAGAAUUAUUCUUUCAGGGACACCAAUUCAGAACAACUUGACAGAAUUAUGGUCCCUUUUCGAUUUCGUCUAUCCAGGAAAACUUGGGACUCUUCCUGUAUUCCAACAACAGUUUGCUAAUCCUAUCAACAUGGGUGGCUAUGCCAACGCUUCAAAUAUACAAGUGAAAACUGGUUAUAAGUGCGCUGUUGCUCUCAGAGAUUUGAUUUCCCCUUAUUUAUUAAGAAGAGUAAAGAGUGAUGUUGCUAAGGACUUACCAAAGAAAAAUGAAAUGGUUCUUUUCUGCAAGCUAACACAGUACCAAAAAUCGAAGUACUUAGAAUUCCUCCACUCUGACGAGCUCAUGAAAAUAAGGAAAGGGAAAAGGCAGGUUCUAUAUGGUAUUGAUAUAUUAAGAAAAAUCUGUAACCACCCGGACUUAUUGGAUUUAAAACGAAAGAAAAUGAACGAUUAUGAAGACGCGGAUUACGGCAAUCCAGCAAGAUCAGGCAAAAUGCAAGUAGUAAAGCAGUUGUUACUACUAUGGCAUUCACAGGGUCACAAAACUCUUCUAUUCACUCAAUCCCGACAAAUGUUGGAUAUUCUACAAGAAUUCAUCAGUUACAAAGACCCUGAACUAUCAGAUCUUAAAUUUUUAAGGAUGGAUGGUACGACUAACAUCGGAUCUCGUCAAUCAUUGGUGGAUAAAUUCAACAACGAACCUUAUGACGUAUUCUUACUUACAACAAGAGUAGGCGGACUCGGUAUUAAUUUAACAGGGGCAAAUAGGAUUAUAAUUUUUGAUCCGGACUGGAAUCCAUCUACUGAUAUGCAAGCCAGAGAACGUGCGUGGAGGAUCGGUCAAAAGAGGGAGGUCACUAUUUAUAGAUUAAUGAUUGCAGGCAGUAUUGAGGAGAAGAUUUAUCACAGACAGAUCUUUAAGCAGUUUUUAUCAAAUAAAAUCUUGAAAGAUCCCAAACAAAAGCGUUUUUUCAAAAUGAAUGAUUUACACGAUCUAUUCACUCUAGGAGGAGAUAAUGGAUAUGAAACAGAAGAAUUCAAUCAAGAAAUUGUUAAACAAACGGGUAAUAUAAAGCAGAACAAGACUUCGGAGACGGACGAUUUUGAUAAACUUUCGCAGAUUUCGGGUGUUCACAAAUUGGAGGGAUUUUUCAACUCUAAAGAACAAGAUGAGAAGCAGAGCACCGAAGACGACAGAAUCAUGGGUAGCUUAUUUUCUUCAGCAAAUAGCGUUGAUACUAACGAGAGAGAUGAUAUCAUUGGGGCAGAAGCUACUCGUAACGUCAAAUCUGCACUUGAUGCAUUAAAAAACUCACGGAAACAAACUAAAAGGUUUGAUGUUGGCACUCCGACUUGGACUGGUAAAUUCGGUAGGGCAGGUAAAAUAAGAAAGAGUAGGACUGCAUUAUCUACAAAUGACAGCAAGUUUGCAAGAAAAUUGAACCGGGAUACGUUAGAGCGGGAGAAAAUUAAAAGAGAGGACAUUCAAUCAGAUGCUACACAGAAGGACGAGAAGAGCGCCGAGGUACUCAAAGCGUCCAUUGAAAAAUAUCUAUCUCAGUCACCAGGGUUUGCGAGCAAAUCAGCAGAUCUAGUGAUUAGAGUCGGAUUACAGCUAACAAACUCAACCGACGUAGAACGUGUUCGGAAAAUCUUAAAAGAUGUCGCAGUAUUUGAUAAGUUAAAGAAAGUUUGGGUACUUAAAUCAGCUAAUAGAGAUACCGAUUAA